AUGAUUGAGACGGCCUCGCUUACGCGCUCGACGCCUGUGGCAGCAGCCGAGUGGGUGGUAUCGGUGGCGCGGCACUGCCUGCGCCGCGCGGACGCUGCGCUGGGGAUCGCCGGCUGGGGUACCGCCAGCCGUGCGCUGGCGUACGUUGCGCUGCUGGUGCUCGGCCUCGCGAUCGCAGAGCAGGUGCGACUGCGGCGCUGGGCGGGCUACGGGCGAAUCCCAGGCCCGCGGUUUGUGAUUCCGCUCAUCGGGAGCAUCGUGGAAAUGGUGCUGUCGCCGUACGGGUUCUGGGAGCGGCAGCGGCGCUUAAACCCGUGCGGCCUGAGCUGGAAUGCGCUGGCGGGCUUCUUCGUGCUUUUCGUGACGGACACGGACCUCAGCCGGUACGUGCUCAGCGAGAACGGCCCGCACGCGUUUGAGAUGAUACUGCACCCGAACGGCUGGCGGAUCCUCGGGCGGAACAAUAUUGCCUUCAAGAGCGGCGAGGAGCACAAGCUCCUGCGGCAGUCUUUUCUGCGGCUGUUCACGCCCAAGGCGCUAGGCAUGUACGUGAGCAUCCACGAGCGCCUGAUUGGCGAGCACCUGGCGGCGUGGCUGUCGGGGCGCGGCACGGACGGCACCGCGGCAGCAUUUGAGGUGCGCCCGCGCAUCCGCGACCUGAAUCUGCGGACGUCGCAGACGGUGUUUGUGGGUCCGUACCUGCGCGAUCGGGAGCGCUUCUGUGCGGACUAUCUGCUGAUCACGCAGGGUUUUCUUUCGUUCCCGUUAGCGCUGCCUGGGACGGGCCUGUGGCGUGCGAUACGGGCGCGGGAGCGUGUACUACGGGACCUGACUGCGUGUGUACGGGCGUCGAAGGAGCGUUUCCGGAAGGACGCCGAGGCGGAGCCGCAGUGCCUGCUGGACUUUUGGACGGUGUCCGUGCUGGAGGAGGUUGCAGCUGCGAAGCGCGAGAACCGGGCGCCGCCCAAGUACAGCGCGGACCACGAGAUGGCGGACGCCAUGCUGGACUUUUUGUUUGCGUCUCAGGAUGCGUCGACAGCGUCGCUGGUAUGGACGACUGUGCUGGUGGCCGAGCGACCCGACGUGCUGCAGCGGGUGCGCGAAGAGCAACAGCGGCUGCGCCCGCACGACGAGCCGAUCACCUACGAGCUGCUGGAGCAGAUGGUGUACACGCGCGCGGUCGUUCUGGAGGUGCUGCGCUUCCGGCCGCCGCCUGUGAUGGUUCCGCAGGUUGCGAGCAAGCGGGUGCAGCUGCCGAACGGCUACGAGGUGCCGCGAGGUGCGCUCGUGGUGCCGAGUCUCUGGACUGCGUGCAUGCAGGGCUUUCCGUCACCUGAACGCUUCGAUCCGGAGCGGAUGCUGCCGCCGCGGCAGGAGGAGCAAAAGUACCGGAAGCAUUUCCUGACGUUUGGCUGCGGUCCGCACAUGUGUGUCGGGCGGAACUAUGCGAUCAACCAUUUGAUGUGCUAUUUGGCGGUGCUGGCGACCACUGUGGACUGGACUCGGGUGCGCACCGUGCACAGCGACGAGAUCAUCUACUUGCCGACGAUAUACCCAGCGGACAGUGUUAUUCGUGCGCGUUGGCGUGUUGCGGACGCAAGCACUGGAGCAGGCACUGGGGCAGGCACUGACACCGCUUGCACAUCGGAGGCCGUACCAGUUGUCGUAGCGUCGUGA